CUAUCAUUAGUGACAAGGCCAGCUCCACCGAGAUUCAGCUAAAUAAACAACAGACUGUGGUGGUGGACCUGACUGCUAAAGUGGCAAUGCUUGAGAGUGAGAAUGCAGGCCAAGCCCAGGAAGGCUACUGUGGAGGAUGUACUGAAGAAGGAGAACGCCGCCCAGACGCUUGAAUUAGGCGUCCUUGCGGACAAAUCCAACCAGAUUGGAGAGCAGCAGAAUGUGUUGGUGGUGCUGAAGGAAGAAGUGGAACAGCUACAAAGAGAGAGCCCAGCCCAGUCCCAGGAGCUGACCGCUGUCAGUGAGAAGUCGAGCACUAUGGAGACUCUGGUGAAGGAACAGGAGAGUGUGGUGAUCGAGUUGAAGGCAACAGUGGAGGAGCUGAGGAAGGAGAAUGCUGCUCAGGCCCAAGAACUGGUGUCUCUUGGGGACAAGACUAGUCAAGUGGAGGGACAGGUGAUUGUUGUGGAGGAUCUGAAGGCUGAGGUGGAGACACUCAAGAGAGAAAACACAGCCCAGUCCCAGGAGCUGACCGCUGUCAGUGAGAAGUCGAGCACUACGGAGACUCUGGUGAAGGAACAGGAGAGUGUGGUGAUCGAGUUGAAGGCAACAGUGGAGGAGCUGAGGAAGGAGAAUGCUGUAAACACCCUUACUGACAAGUUUGACUCAACUGGCAGUCAGAUGGAGCAGCAACAUGCCAUGGUGGUUGAUCUGAAAGCUGAACUUGCACAGCUCAGAAAGGACAAUGAAGGUCAGUUUGCCGAGCUGAAAGCCCUUGAUGAGAGGUCAGGCUCCACUGAGCAUCUCGCUAAAGAACAGCAGACAACGCUGGGAAUGCUCAGGGCUGAAUUGGAAGUGGCAAAGUCAGAGAAUGCAGCCCAGUCCUCAAGCCUGGAGGCCCUGGCUGACAGAGCCGGCUCCACUGAGAGCCUGGUGAAGGAGCAGAAAGCAGAGGUGGUCCAACUCAAGGCCACAGUGGCGGAGCUGGGGAGAGAUAACCAAGCUCAGGCUGAGGAGCUGACAGCCCUGGAUGACAGGUCCAAAUCCACGGAGAGCCAGGUGAUGCAGCAACAGAGUGCUGUCGCCGAGAUGAAGACCGCAGUGGAGGCACUCAAGGCAGAGUAUGCAGGGAGACCAAAGGUGGCCUUCACCGCGGCUUUGGGUAUUUCAGGACGACUGGGACCAUUCAGAACAGAGACAACACUCGUGCAUAAGAAGGUCAUAGCAAACACUGGCAAUGGCUACAACCCCGAAACAGGUACAAUUUGUGCAAUUUGUUAUAGUUCUCAAACAGAGGCCAGGUCUCUCAACACUACAUGUAUCUUCACUGCGCCAGUGAAGGGUACCUACUUCUUCCGGUUCACGGUGGCCAGCGACCAGGGCAAGUACAGCCGAGGCUCCGUCCUCUACAAGAACUCGGAGCAGGUGCUGAGCAUCUUCCAGCACGACAAGAUCUCCAGCCUGCAGCACUUCUCCAGCGGCGCCAACCUGGAGCUGGAGGAGGGAGACACCGUCUCCCUGCGCCUGCAGACCAACUACCAGCUCUUUGAUGACGAGCACAACCACAACACCUUCAGCGGCUUCCUGCUCUUCCCCAUGUAA